UCGUCCUCGGCAACUCGAGCGCAAUCGAACUGCAGUUGUGCCAGAUGCCUUUCUACUUCAAUUGCGAGAUUUAAUGUUGCAUACAAAUAGCAAGUACAGAGACUAUAAAAUACGAGUUUGCCUUUGUGUCCAAGCAUGGUCAAGCCGCGGCCCGCUGGGAAGAAGAAGCCGGGACGAGGAGCGUUCAUGGCCAAGCGGACCAAGCGCGGAGGCGACAAGAAGCUGAGCUCGCGUGCGAUCAAGCCUCGGAUCGACGAGGCCGAGCGCCGGGCCAACGAGAUCCUCGAGUGGCUCGGCGAUGCGGUCCUCGACGAGCUCGUCGGGCGCAGCCUCCUGCGGCACGUGCACCUCUUUUGCUCGACGACGCACGACAACGACCUCUCCAACUUGGAGCUCUUCCGCGAACUCCGGAGCACGCUCGUGACCAACGCCAACUUGAGCUGCGUCUACGACAAGCUCUUCCCGGCCAAGUACACGAUUUUGCUGCACCCGCUCAAGCUCAAGGAGAAGGCCGACCUCGUCGAGGUGCUCGUCGGACGCAUUGCGUCCAAAGCGCGUCCGUCGCCAUCCGAGAUUGCUAAGCUCGACAGCGUCGUCUCGCACAUGCUCCACGUCGAGUUCACGCAGUGGGCCGUCCAGGCCGAAGCCGACGAGAAGAGCAAGGUCAACCAAUUUGAGCUACUCCAGGAGCUCCUGGACUCGGACCUGAGCGACUCGGAUGCAAGCAGUAGUGACGCAGCGCCCGUCGAGGCCCUCUCGUCAUUGGUGCCACCCGUUGCGACAACCAUCCUCUCGGUGGUUUCCGCUGCGGAACCGCCUUCACCAACCGAGGCCGACCCGCCGAUGCGUGACGACGAGCUAUACCACGCGUUCACAGCGGUGGAGGAUCUGCUACCAAAUGCGGCACCGGCGUCAGCUCAAGUGGCGUCGCUGCUUGCUGACGUCGCAGCGCUGCGGACCUUGGCGACCGACCCGACCCACGUCCUCCAGACAUCCCGCGUCAUGUUUGAAAUCUUCAAAAUGUAUGGCAUGUCGGUGCUCAAGGAGCGAUCGAGUGCGUGCUUGCUCUUCGAGACGCAGCUGGCGGCGGACCAAGGCAAGCUCACGUGGGUGCGCCAAGAGGUGCUGAGCCUCGAGAACCUUGCGGGGACUGCCAGUGCCUUGGGGCUCACGUCCUCGACGGCGUCGGCGCGCGUGCAAGCCAACUCGCUUCGCGCGCUCGUCGGCUUUGCGACGGCGAUGAACCACAACGGCGCGGUCGACGCGCUUCUGGCGUUUGUUCUGUACCUCCACCACCUUCGCCACCGCACACACCUCUGCCGCAAGAGUGGUUGCCCCCUCGGGUUCCUCGACGACCGGCGCGUCAUCUUUGAGGAUCUGCGCGCGUGGCUGCUGCACGAAGAAUCGCACUGCGUCCACUCGUUUGAGCUCUUUUACGCUAGCGUCUGGACGUCGCUGCCUCCCACGAUGGCGCUCUCCGCCUUGCCGAGAAGCGUCGAGGCGACAACGACGUUUCUGCAGCGCCGGCAACUGCCCCCAGUUGCAUCCGACGAGCUCACGCGACUGCAGUCGUGGUUACCGGAGCGCUGGUGUGAUUUGGAUACCCACUUGGUGCUCGAAGCGCCGCCACUGAGCCGGAAGCGCAAGCGCGCCAAGAGCGACGAGGUCGACGUCGACGCUGCCAAACGCGCGCGCAAGUCGUUUGCAUCGUUCGCACUGCUGCAGCGGUUCGAGCACCGUCGGUUCCUCUGCUGCCUCGAGACGCUGCUCGUCGCCUUUGCCAAGAACGAGGUGCGCGAGUGUGAUACCUACUUGCACCAGCUCUUGAGCAACAUGCGCGACGACGAGACCGACGAGCUCGCUGGUGCGAUGGGGUCCCCGAGAGCGUGCUGCGUCACCGAGCACUGCCUCUCGCUGGCACUCAAAGACAACUUUUACCGGCUCCUCAUGCACGAGCUGUGUCUCUUCCACCGACUGGUGUCCUCCAGCAAGACGGUGACUGGCGGCGUACGAGUGACCCAGAUCCGUCGACCGCCCGCGUACGUCUUCUCGGACGAUACGUUUACUGACGUCGACGUCGCCAUCGUUCUCUGAGGUGCGAGACGCCGACACGUUGUUGCGUGUUAUAACAUGUAAAACGUCAAGAGCCUGUUCAUGGCGUGUCGGCCCACUGCCGCGCGAGCUCGGCCUUUUCGAA